AUGGAGAUGUGCUCACCCAUGCGAAUCGUCGUCAUGCCAUUAACGGUUAAUGAAAUAUUCAGCAUUUCACAGAAGUAUUCUGCAAUUUCCACUGUCAUUAUAUUUGUUUUGGCAAUUAUUGGCAAUACAAUCAAUAUUCUCGUGUUCACUUCUUUCAAAGCUUUUCGAAACAAUCAGUGUGCACUCUAUCUCAUUGUCGAAGCACUAGCCAAUCUCUUUCAAUUAACCAUAUACUUUUUUAUUUAUCUAUUUGUUCUUACGCAUGGCCAAGAUUCUGGUGCAUCAUCUAUAAUCUGGUGUAAACUACGCGCCUCGUUUAUCGUUAUCUGCACACUUGUUGCUUUCUCUUCAAUCUGUUUCUGUACCAUUGAUCAAUAUCUCUCUACCAGCCAUCGCUACUUUUUCAGACAACUUUCCACAAUCAAACUCGCCUAUAUACUCCUUACCGCUGCAUUCGUAUUCGCACUACUUCAGUCAAUACCUUUCGCCGUUUUCUCCGAAAUCCAAGGUAGCUUUUGCACUGUAUUCAAUCCAUUCAUGACAGCCUAUAUCUCAUCCUUCUAUUAUCCUAUACUAUCUGGUCUUCUUCCUGUGAUGAUUACAUCGAUAUUCAGUCUGUUGGCAUAUCGAAAUGUUCGACAAAUCGUUCGUCGACAAGUACCAAUAGUCCGUCGUCGUCUUGAUCAACAACUGACAGCUAUGGUACUUGUUCGGGUGAUCGCACUUGUGAUUUUAUCUGUGCCGUAUAUUAGUCAGAGAAUGGUUGUGUUUAUUACAAAGGUGAAUCCAACAAAUCUCAUUCUUUAUGCCAUCAUCUCAUUAGUGGGCUCAUUUACAUCUUCAUUUUUUUAUUUAAAUUGUGCCAUAUCUUUCUAUUUAUUCGUGACGGUUUCGCGUCGAUUUCGCCGACAAGUAAAAUAUGUUAUGUUGAAGAAAUUUUGCCGGCAAUGGAGAAGAUGGUGUUGUCGUGGUGAUAAUCAAGUAAAUCCGAUGAGAAAUACACGAUCUACGGAAUUAAGUGGAGAUAUUGAAUGA